GGCUACCAAAGCGGAGGGGAAAUUUUAGUCCAAGCGUUUGACCAACCGUACUCGUGUCACGGAAACUCGUAGAUAUCUGAUACUUUGCAUCGGAAUAACGAUCUUCAACGAUAUUCUUCGCAAAAAUAAUGCGUGACGAAAUGUAAGCAAUUAAAUUACGGGUUUAUGUGCUAAAACCACGAUUCGAUAAUGAGGCACGCCGUAGUGGGGUACUCCGGAAAUUUGGAUCACCUGUUUUUUUUUUUUUUUUUCACGUGCACCUAAAUCCAAGUACUCGCGUGUUUUCACAUUUCGCCCCAUCUAAAUGCGGCCGCUGUGGUCGGUAUUCAAUCUCGUGACCUCGUGCUUAGCAACCCAACACAACAGCAACUAAGCGACCACGGCGGGUGAGGAAACAUCACCAUGACAGCCUUAUCAAUACAGCACAAUCAACGAACUGCUCCUGAAACAAUAGGCCACAUUUAUCCAGCGCCAGAUAGCUUAGUGCUGCCUUUACGGCUGUCAUACAUAUCUGUAGUUUCUAAAGCCUAGUGCAGCGGCCCGGCGUGCUUCCUUCUUGCGUCCAAGGCACAUAGCGUCCAGCGGCUUUGCCAUGAUGCCCCUGUUCAUAUCGUUGCUCAUUUUGCUGAAUUCGUUUUCCUCCAUGGCGGCUGACUUUCAUGGUUGGAUGCGCAAAGUCCGCGAAGAUCCGCCUGUGUUCGAGAUUGUCGGAGGGGAGCCGGAGGGAACUAGCCCUGUCUGGGGAUCAUUUGUAGACAAAUACUCAAGUCAAGGCUACGGUUUUCUUGAGUUGUACACCAACGAAAGCUACUCAGACCGCGAACAAGCAUUCAGCGCGGGCAUCUUCGAAGGCUAUGCAACGGCAGACAGAGCGCUGAUGCACUACGACAACUUAUGGAAGCAGUACUGUGCUCAUCAAGCCGACGGCUGCGUCAAGCUGUUCCAGUUCGUAGGUGCUACGCUGAACUUCAUGCAGCAGCAGGUCACAGAGCUAGCGGAAAAGGACCCCUACUGGCACCAGGUUGACAUGGUUCUAACACAGCUCCACGCCAUUAGCGCCGGCAUCAACGCUAAGAAGAAAAAGAAGCGCUUCUUCUCAGCGCAAGACCUCAACAACGUCGAUGCCAGCGUGGUGUUGUUUCUGAACCUGGAUGGCGAAGUGGAUGAUAUAGAAGCCCGCCUCCGACCGGUGGUCAGUUCGGAGGUCCCCGACGACGAGCCAAUGGCCGGGCGACGCGCCGACUCGGCACUGGUCAAACUGCUGCCGGGAAACAAGGAUCUCCUGCUGUCGCACGUCAGCGGCGGUCCGUACGCCGGCAUGACCAAGGUCCUGAAGAAGUACUCGCUUAACUUGCACACCACCGCUAAGUCUAGUGAAAAGAUUUCGGGCAACGUACAUGCAACAUCAUCUACUCCCGGAAAGCUCUCCUCAGGGGAUGACUUCUACCUCCUUUCCAAUGGGCUUGUACUUAUGUCGACGGGCAUCGAGGUCCACAACAACUCACUUUACCGCUUCAUCACACCAAAUUGCGUGUUCGAGUUUGUGCGUGCCAUUGUCGCCAACCGACUAGCCACGUCGGCCAAGGACUGGAUGGACAUUUACAGCAAGAACCCCAGCGGCACCAACAGCAAACAAUGGAUGAUCGUCGACUAUAACAAAUUCAAAUCAGGACAGCAACUCCCAGAUGGACUACUCUGGAUUCUGGAAUCCUUGCCUGGCUUCAUCCACACGGAGGACGUGACGGCUGUGCUCCGCAAGGAGUCCUACUGGCCAAGCUACAAUAUCCCGUACUCUCCCUUCAUGUUCCAGCUGAGUGGUGCACCGUUCAACGUACAGAAGUACGGCGACUGGUUCACUUACGACAAGCACCCGCGGGCGCAAAUUUUCAAGCGGGACCACGUCAAAGUUGCCGACACACUUUCUAUGGUCACGUUAAUGAGGUAUAACGACUUCAAGCAUGACCCUGUCUCCAAGUGUCUCUGCAUUCCGCCGUUCAGUGCUGUGAAUGGCAUAUCAGCCCGCAGUGACCUCAACAUGAUGCCUGGCCGUUACCCUUUCCCUGCUCUGGGGCAGGCCUCUAGAGGAGGCGUAGACAUGAAGAUGACGAACGAGUCUCUCGCCGCCGGACUUGGGUUGAUUGCUGUGGCUGGGCCGACGCACGACCAGCAGCCGCCGUUCCGCUGGUCCACAUCUGGGUUCCACGACCUCCAUGCGGGACAGCCGGACCUGUGGAACUUCGCUCCGUUCGUCUGCACUUGGGGAAAAGGCAACUGCCAGCCAUAGGCUGGCAGCGCUAUAAAGUUUUAUUUCGUUUUGUUUGC